CGAACUUUCCUGUCCUGAAUGAAGCUCCGUAUCCUCUCGGGCCGUCGUACCAGUGGCCGGUGGUAUCGUUGAACGUUGUGGUGCGCGCGCGCUACGAGACAAGGGGACCGUGUGCUGGUGGAGUUCCGUUCGCUUCAGUGUCGAGGACGAGGGGCAAAUUCCGGGUCGCUGCAGUUCGUCGAAGUGACGCGUGCACGCGAACAGCUCAGUCACAUCGCGGCCACCCGUAACACUUGGCAAGGAAGGACCGCAGGUGGCGGACGUGUACGAUCCUUUCUCUGUGGAACACGUGGUCGAGCGCGGCGAGUCUUCGUGCGACACACGAGGCAGCGCUAGUCUGUCCUCGAAAUUUGAGGUUAGGUGUCCAUGUGGCACGGUCGAUCGACGCUCCUCUAAGAACGUCCUUGAGAGAAGGACGUCGAUUCCUAUCGCUGUAGAAGUUGCUACGGGCGCGGACAUACGCGGAGUGGGGUGUAAACGGGGGCGAGAGAGGUGUUCACCAACUACAGCUAGGGCUAAAGUGAAUCUCGGUUGGGCGGUGGAAGGUUUACGUUCACGAGCUCGCAAGCGAGUAUACCGGAGGAGAAAAGAUCGUCGGAGGGUCACGAAGCAGAGGGGAUCCUCGAGUUCUUUCGAUAGUGCAACGUUGCUCGUGGAAAACACUGUCACGUGGAUUUGCUCUCGAGACGUAAUUAAUCGGUGGAGUUUCGCCUUUUAUACGUGAGAGCCGUCUAUUCGGUGGAGAAUCGUUGUGAUCGCGAGAAUACGUAUCGUUGUGUUCGUGUCUCGAUCCCAACGUCGAUCAGUGCGUCGAACCGAGGGUAAAGAUAAAUGACGGGUGAUGAAUGGAUGAAUCCAAGCGAAACAACGGUAUAAUCAACCGGUAUAUUUAUAGAUAACGAGCUGGCUGGAUCGACUCGCUAAUUAGCGGUCGAUCCGUAGUAAGGAUUUCGUGGAAGAAAAGGUGUUGGCGUUUAUCGAGAAGAUAAAAUGCAGUCGCGUUCCAUGUGGAUGGAAUCGUUUUCCGUCGAAUGAGAGAAGUCUUGUGUGUUUUCAGUGAUAGAGAAAGGCCGAGUUACGACAGUUUCUCAGUGAAGUGUUAAACGCAAGCAGCGUCAGAGUUGUGAUCCAGUGAAAACGUUGUUCUGGUGUACAUCCAACAGGUUCCAAGAUGAGCCCAUUGAAACACGUUCGAGAAUCGAGGCUGUCCUUCUGAUUCGUCGUGGCGUACAUCAUUUUGGAUUAUGCUCUGUUGUUCAGCUUUAAACGUCGUGGAUUCCCGCCCUAUGUCGCUAGGGCGAGCACGUGAAUCAACCCUCAUAACGAAAAUCGAUCGGCUCGCUCGCGUACGAAACGUGGCCUGAUCGAUCCUACAGAUUUUCCGAGUACGACAUAUUACGUCAACGCUAUAGAAAGAGUACUAAUUCUAUUGUUAAAUAUAAACGAAGAAAGUUAUAUAAUACGAAACCGAAACAAUAAAAUCAAAUGUUGUCUUUCAACUUGAAGCAGUUAAUCGUCAUUGUUAAAGUUAACAGCUACAGGAUUGAGAGUUAUUGGAAAUUGUAACGAAAACUGCCCAGCAGAAAUCAAAAGCUUUCGAGAAACUGAUAAUAAAACGAAAGAAUCAAAGGAAAAGUAUUCAAUUUUUUAAUAUUUCGAGGAAUUUACACUGAUUAAUCGUGCCCUUUCGAAUUGCUAUUUAAAUCGUAUAUCUAAACGACGAAUUACACGUGGCAAGCGCAAUAUUUUAUGAAAAAUUCGAGUGGAAGUCAAACGAUGACAGCCAAAAAGCUUUCUGAAUGACAUUUUUUGGAGUAACAUUUUCACGACGAACGAAAAUAACUGAGAGAUACGAGCGAGCUGUUACGCGCUGACACGUUUCAGCGUAACUGCUAUUUACGGACAAGGAAAAGUAAAAAGGCAAACAGUUUUCCUUCGUAAUAUCCGUUCUGUCGUCCGAUGAUAAGGAAACCAUGAAGUAAAAAAGAAAAAAAGGAAUAGUAACGAAUAAUUGAUAAAGAUUUGCGAAACGAAACGGGGAUCGCGUCAAAGGGACGCAAUAAAAGAGAUUACAUUUGCAAUUGCGCAUUCUCAUUUGCUCGUGGAAAAAUGAGAAAUGCGGGGGCGGUACUCAGAGACUUUCUGUCUGGACAAACGUUCCAAAUUUUCACGUAAUAUUAUUCGGUGCGUCUGCGAUUUAUUAACGAAGCUCCGGCGGGAAAACGGAUGCAAACGAUCUGAAUAAAUAAAAGAAUAGUGUGACGAACUCGUCCGUUAAUUUUCGGAUAAUCGAAAGAACGAAAAAAAAAAAAAUUCGCUGGCAAAUUACUCGACGAACGAAGAGUCAAAUAUUCGAAUUGAAAAACUGCAACUAAUUCGCUUCACAUUUAAAAACAAAAAUUAGCACGUAAAGAAAACAAAUUAUAGAAAAAAAAAUUGCGAAAAAUUUUGUUGCAUUCUCUUCACGAUUUAUAUCACCGAGAAGACAACGUAAAAAGAGGAAACUCAAUAAGGAUCACGGAACAGCGAUCGGGCGUAGAGCAAACAACAUCAAUAUCGACGUUUACAUGCCUCGAGUCGACCUAGCGGAAUAUACGAGGCGUAAAAACGCGAUCCGUGACGAUUGCGUUCAAGCGAAAAUCUAGAUUUCCAACAGAGAGUUGCACGGUAAGUCGUCACGGUGUGCGGAUUGGGGCGAAUUCUCGGCUACAUCGGCGGACGACCGUCGGUGGGGGCCGCCAACAUGUCGCAGUCUGGUUCAGGAGGGGUGAACGAUAGCCAGGAACAAAACCAGGUUGGACAAACGAUGGAGAAUCAACAGACGGCGUGUCAAAACGGCCGAGCUGAGCCGCUUGCCGACAAUGCGAAACAAGAUUUGUCCAACGGCUUUGAAAAUCGUACCAUAGAAUAUGACAGAUUCUCUCAAGAUAGGGUUCAACAGAACCAGUCAACCGGCCAAACUCAAGAACAACAACAACAACAGCAACAGCAAACUCAGCAGACAGGUCAAUAUCUGACUGGAAGGAAGCAACCCGUGGUCGGUGUUCCCGAGGAUAGACACCCCCCUAGUGGACAACUUCCACCCCAACAAUACAGCCAGGAAAAGUCCGCUCUCGAGAGAACGCAACAUGUCUCUCAAACUAGCACACAAACCCUACCGGUUCAAGCGCAGCCUCAAUUCAUGCCUGAUUACGAUCAAACUCAGUACACGCAGAUCCGAAGUCAGUUCGAGGUGAGACCUCAACAGAUGUAUCCUCAACAGGCUCAAUACGCUGAAAGAGCUGGUUACGUGACGAGGGAUGUAACAUAUAGAGAUCCUGCGUUGUAUCAAGGAGGUGCAGCGAAUCCGAUGUUCACUGGACAAGGCCAAUACGUAACUGUUCAACACGGAUCGCAAAUGCCUCCUCAAUCCGCCAGUCCUCAGCCACCGUACUUUUCAGGCGUUGUCGUACCUCAACCGGCUAGUUACGCUCAAUUCGGCGGGCAACCCCAGUAUUCCUAUAGUCAGUACCCUCAAACAGUAAUGAACGCGGUACCGUAUAAUCCUCAUACUGGAAUGUAUCCCGCUCAACAAUUCGGACAACAAUCGCCGAAUCCGCAAAGAUUCUCUCAGGAACUGGGACAAUAUCAGACACAGCCAAUCAUUCAACCGAUUGCCCAAAAUGUGACUCAUGGUCUCGCAAUGGCGACUACAGAGAGACCCAGUCGUGGACCCAAACCUAUGGUUCCGCCACGAGGUAAUUCGAAGAUUACUCACGAUACAGGUCACAGAAAGUCGGCGAGUGUCGAUGUUCCAGGUAUGCAGAAACCUAAAUACGAUCCUAAUCAAAAUCCUCCGCAAGAACAGAUUCACCGAAGCGACGGGGCGAUAAUCGUGCAAGGCGCACAGAUCGUAACCGAUACUCAGGAUAGAAGAUACUUGACAGCCAUUAAUCAAAAUCCUAGGACGAGACAGGAUGGUUUGUACGUCGAUACGAAUGGAGAUCCACCUGGUCGAGAAAAAAUGUGCGAAACCGUGGUAACCGAUUGUGGUCUAUAUGUGACCAGACCUGAACACAGGAAAUCUAUUUCCGUGGACGUUACAUCGAGUUUCCAGCGUCGUAACGAUACGAUUACGUUCACGUUCCCUGGUGACACGAAUCAGGAAAUAUUGAUGCCAGCGAGGAAGACCGGAACUAUGGUGGAUCCGAAACGAGUCGAAACCAAUCAAGUGUAUCCGCCUGAUCAAAGGCGAUUGGAUACGAGCUUAAGAGUAUCGCCGAUGGCUUUUGAUACGAGACAAGAAAAUAGGAAGAGCAUAGGAGCUGAUAGAAAGCCCGAAUGGGGUAACGUGAGCCCUAAUCAAAGAGUAGCGAUACCGCAAGAAAACAGACGAUCCGAUUACUUCGACGAGCAUAGGAGGUCACCGAUGACCAUAGAAGGCAAAAGAAUGGAAGACGUUAGAAGGUCUCCUAUGCCUUUCAUGCCGAUUCGCGAAGGAUCCGCGGAUCGCGCAGGACAGAAAAGUCCGUCGUUUGUAAAUCAAAAUUUCGAGAAGACUAGACAAGAGCUAACGAUAUGGGCUGAACAACGACAACGACAGGAACACGAAAGAAACAUGAUGCAGAAUCAAAUGCUCUCCACCAGUCCACGUUCUCGUAAUCAGUCCGAGGAAAGGAGAGAUCCGAGACAGAUACAUCAACCAGAUGAUCGCAAGGAAGCUAGAAUGACUCAAUCGGCCUUUCAACCUAUACCCAACAUCAGUCAGAGAACUAUAAUGGAACAACGUCGACAUUUGCGACACGUUAGUGCUGACCUAACGAAGCACAUGGAACUCUCGAGAAAGGAGUUCGACGAGCAGCCCAUUAGCGGAUCCGUAGCGAACCUUGGACCACCUGCUAGUACGGCUCCCUCUCAAAGAGCCAGUCCUAAUAUAUGCCAUCAGUAUCCAGCCCUUAGCGAAGCAAAGUUAGAUACCAAGACUGUCCUAACUGUGGUAACAGACUUCGGUGAAACAAGUUUAGGUAAACCGAUCGAUCAAGUGGAUCAUAUAAUCCAUAGCCAUCGUAAAAGCCACAAUAUCUCGACCAGCUUACUAACUCAUAGCAAGAGCCAGAGCGAUAAUCUUCAAAGUCAACUAGACACACAGAACGAAAAAUCCGACGCUUUAACGUCCCAGCAGCAACAACUGCAAAAUCAACAGAAUCUUGAUUUAAUAUCCGAGAAACUCAGCCAAUUUGAGCGUCAACAGAGCGAUCUACAAGCGAAGCUUCAGUGUCUUCAGAAUCAAAAUCAAAUCCUCGACAAAGUGGCGCAAUUUCAACACCAACAAAGUGAUUUACAAGCCCGUCUGCAAAGUUUGCAAGCACAGAACCAGCUGUGCGAUAAAUUACAAAGAUCGACCGAUUUUCAGCCACACUCGAUCGGGAACGAGAUCCACCAGAUCCAAUCGAACUCUCUGCCCAACCACCAAGAACAACCGACCGAUAAGAUUUGCACGUCGCAAAGCCAGAGUACGCCGCACAGUCAUCAUCAAACGUUAUUGACCGCUUCCUACACACAGAACUCUAAUCAUCAAUCCUGCCAAUCGUCUGUCUGCGAGAAAUUAUCACCUAGGCUUCAACACGACACCAGCGACCCGAAUUCUAUUCAGAUACCGAACAUGUCGCAGAUGCCACUGCCGUGUCUGCCACAAUUCGAUCGCGCCGAUACGUCGCGUACUUCGUUCUCACAGUUCCAUCGACUUCAGUGUCAAAUCGACGGUCACGAGGGAGCUUCAGCACCGUCCAGCACUGCUUCCGUGGCUUCGUUCACCGGAACUUUGAAAAAGGUACCUCCCGAGAAACCACCGAGAACGUCGCUAAUCGUUCAGUCACCAGAGUCAGAGAGCAACAGAAGCCAACCAGCCAUCGGACUAAAGCAGACGCCGAAGGCGCGGCCAACCAUUUUCGGCACGGUGGCCUCGGAUCUGACCCCAAAGGAUGGCAACAGUCGAAGGACUUGCAAAAGAUUUCAAAUCUUUAAAGCUCGCCUGAGCUUGCCACAAACACCAGCUGGCGGUGUGGGUGGAAAAGGAAGCGGAAGUGCUGGCGCCGGUUCUGGUAUGGUCAAUGGUUCUGGUGCCGAUCAUCAAGAUAUUCGUGACGGUGCUGCUAUAAAUACAGAACACGCUCUGGUCUAUCGAGACGGGAACCUGGUGUCAGGCUCACUGGAAGCCUUGGUACAGCAUAUGGUACCCACCGAAGAAUAUUACCCCGAUCGGGCGUACCUCUUCGCCUUUUUGCUGAGCGCCAGACUCUUCAUCAAGCCACACGAGCUCCUGGGCGAAGUCUGCGCCCUCUGCGAGCAUCAGCAAAACCUGACUGGAGAUAGUGGCAAGGAACGUCUGCAACGUUUCGUGCCACGACUGGUGCAGCUGCUAGCCGAAUGGACAGAAACAUUCCCGUACGAUUUCCGGGACGAGAGGGUGAUGGGCCACGUCAGGUCCAUCACGCAGAAGGUCGCUGCGGUCGACGCUGCGGCCAGGCAGGAAGUUUCGGCAUUGCUGCAAAACUUGCUGCUUAGACUGACGGCCCUGGAGAGGUACGAGGAGGGUUUGGCUAGACUGGCGACCGAGGCAACGACAGAGCAACUUUCACAGGUGGACAUCACCGAGCUGUGCCCAUCGGCCACGGUCCUGGCACAGCAAUUGACCCACGUGGAACUCGAGAGGCUCUCGUAUAUCGGCCCAGAAGAAUUCGUCCAAGCCUUUGCCAAGGAAUCUCCUCACUUGGAAACAUCCUUUAAGGACAUGAAGAAAACACGCAAUCUGGAAUCGUACGUCCAAUGGUUUAAUAGACUGAGCUAUUUCGUCGCGACUGAAGUAUGCAAGCAUGCAAAAAAGAAGCAGCGCGUUCGUGUGGUUGAAUAUUGGAUCGAAACCGCCCGUGAAUGCUUCAACAUCGGCAAUUUCAAUUCCCUAAUGGCGAUCAUCGCUGGCUUGAACAUGUCACCCAUAUCUCGCCUGAAGAAAACGUGGUCAAAGGUGCAGCUGGCGAAAUUCUCGAUUCUUGAGCAUCAAAUGGAUCCGAGCAGCAACUUUAGCAGCUAUCGCAGCACCCUGAAAGCAGCGAUGUGGCGUAGCGCCGGCGCUACGGACGAACGACAGAGGAUCGUCGUACCCUUCUUUAGUUUGCUGGUCAAGGAUCUCUAUUUCCUGAAUGAGGGAUGCAGCAACAAAUUACCAAAUGGACACAUUAAUUUCGAAAAGUUCUGGCAACUGGCGAAACAGGUGACAGAAUUCAUUGCCUGGAAACAAGUUGCUUGUCCAUUCGAGAAGAAUCCGCGUGUCAUUGCUUUCCUUCAGGCGAGCCCGGUGCUGACUGAAAAUGCUUUAGCUCUGGCGUCUUUCGAGUGUGAACCACCAGACAACAAUCCAGAGAAAGAACGUUACAAAGCAUUGAAGUCUGAACUGAACGCUCAGUGAAAAAGAGCAAUCAUGCAACGCGUCGAAUGGGAGCGAUACUGAGAUAGACGCACUCUUCUAAACUUCGUUCCAAACAAUUAAUCAGCCACGAAUUUCUCUUACGAAAAGGGAAAACGAGCUUAAGCAAGUAACAUCCAGCGAGGAAACAGCGAAAAAGAGAGAAGAACAUCGAAGUCGUGAACAAGAGACACCCGUACGAUGACGAAACGUAAGAAAAAGAAGAAAAUUCAAAUUGCAGCGAUUUGCUCGCGAACGACAAACGAGAAGAAGAAAAACAAUGAUUCAUCGUAGUGAUCUCGCGUCAUUUAAGGACACCGUUUAGGUGUACUAAAACGAUCAGUGCAAUCGUCUCGACACUUUCUAUAAAAUGCUCUCAACUUCGAAUUCCAUUUCUCUUAACCACCAAUUUAUCAAAUACUGUAUUACACCUUUUCAGUCGUAUAUUACGUAAAACAAUAUUAUACGUAUAUUAAUACGACUUAAAUUUUAUCGAAAUGAAAUCUUAUCAGACCUUAUCUUCGAAUUGAAUUUAGAAGAUCGAAAUAAAUAUUCGAUCGUGUUCCAUUCACAGUGUAUUAUACAUAAAGUAAUGUACAUCGAAGCAAAGAGCGCUCUUCAAAGAAAGAGACAUGAUAGGUAAAAGCUGGUCGAAGAAGCGACUCUAAGGUUCCAAAGUUCGAGUAUAGGAAACAGAGAUCGAUUGCACCGAUUGAAAUCGUCUAUCGAUCAAGCGUACUUCAGUAUACACUGAAAACGAAGCUGAUCUGUUAGUACGAACAUGAAAAAAAAAAAAUUCAUUGAACAGUAUCGCGUAGCAGUAAGUAUAGUUCCUAAGCCCAAGGCCAAACGAAGAAUCGUUCCUCGAUCGCGAAAAUUUCACAAUUGUGGCACAGCCUCGUGAACAUUCGUUUUCGAGGAAUCGUUUCGUACAUUUUGGCCGACCCUUUUUGUACAUAGUCCUUUUGAUAUACGCUAACAAAACUCCUAGGUGUGGAACAGAGGAUAAUGGAAAAAUAAUAAAAAAGAAGAAAAUAGGUUCGUUCCUGUAGAGUAAGCUCGAACGUUGUCGUUUUUAAGGUUCUAGGUUACACGUUAGUAACAGACGACGGUCGUCGUGCACGUACUUAACGAACAAGAAAGACGAAGAGAGGAAAGGGAAAGAUAGAGAGGAGAAACGUUUGACAAGAUCAGUAAGAGAGGACACGACCCGGUAGUAACGCGCGCGGCUUUAUGCCGUUUGCAGCUUUUCAAAAAGCGUUUCCAUUGUCCCAAUGUUGACGAUGUCGUUUGGGUUUUUUCGAGUGUUCACGCGGUGACGAGCGCGAGAUUACAAUUUCUCUUUUUUUUUUUAAUACGUUCGUCUGCACUUUUUUCGCGAAUAAAAAAAUCCUCGUGUAAGAGUAAAUCUUUUUUGGUCUCGGUGAACCGUUUCAUUCGCGUCUAUCUAAUGGAGAUACGUUGUUUGGAAUUUUUAUUUUACAUACAUAUGUAUAUUACCGCUGAGAAGUAUCCAGAUACCUGGUUAUUUUUAACAGAAUAUAUUUUAAUUAGAAAAUUACGGAUAAAUCAAUCGGCGAUGAUUUUAUUCUUUAUAAUUGUUAUAGCUACGUACAAUAUGCUGCGUAUUAGCGUAAUGCUGUAAGUCAAGAUUUUAACAAUCGCGUGUUUUAGCUUUUAAAUGUAUUAGUUUCAUAAUUAAUUGAGUUCCAGUUUUAUUCUCUACCACGAUAUACUUUCAUAAUUUAAUGAAAUACAAUCAAGCUUUUAUAAACUAACAGUGAACUGACUUACAUCAUUAUGAUCCUUGCUAAUUGAUUUUUCCAAAUCGUUAAAAUAUAUUACUGCCAUGUUUUUUAAUAGAUAAUUUAGAUUUAUACUUCGGUGAUUUCAUAAAGGGUAACAAGUGUUGCUUCUAGUUACUAAUACAAUAAUUCAUCAUUAAUUUGUAUAAUUUGAUUAAAUUCAUGCACUUCAUUACCAUAAAUCGAUCAAAGUAUCUGGAUAUUUAUGCACGGUGAUGUAAAUAUUAAAUCGAAGCAAUUUUGGAAUAUCGUUAAAAGCUUAACGAUAAAAGUUUCAUUUGGCUUGCGGUAAUUUUAGCGGCGACGUUAACGCGUACGUCGUUUGAUAGAUUGAUUUUUAGCUCGCUGUGUAUGCUGUAAGUGAUACAUUAUAAAAAGUUAAUCGAAAGUUCAGCGUAUCGAGAAAAUUUCACUCGAGAACUCACUUUUAUUUGUAUAUGAAAAUCAAAAGAGAAAAAUGUGGUAAUUCUAUUUCUGCCAUUUCUCCGUUAGAUAUUAGUAGUGAAAGUUAAAGUUUAACAACACGGAACGUUUUUCCAUGAUGUUAAAAAAGCUAAGUUUCCUCUUUCUAUAAAACAUUUUUUUCAUGACAAAAGAACCGGAAACCCGUAAGAAUUAUCUCAAGGAAUACUUUGCUAAGUGAAAUAAGCUUUUUAAAAAUAUAAUUUCGAAGCUACUCUUCGAACUUGAACGGCUAUUAAAAACGAGAAAUAUGACUUAUCACGUUUUUCACCUAUGGUGUCCAUAUAUCUUCGUGUGCUUCUACAAGAAUCGAAAAGUUCUUGUCUCUCUACUGAAUAUCAGUUGAGAAAGAGGGGAAAACAUUUGAAACGCGCGCGUCACCGUUAAAAUCUAACUUCGUAUUUUUGAACAAGUUUCUCUUCCUGAACAAGUUUAAACAGAGUAUGAUCGAUCUGUCCGAAAUCGAACCCAGUAAUAAGGCGACGACUUAUUCUUUCCCUUUUAUUUGUUCUCCGAAUGAACUCGCGAUACAAAAGGAAGAAACGCAGAGAUAAAUGGACGAACUGAGGGCGAAGGUGUUUUGAGAAAAAUAUAGGGACCAAGAGUUCGUUUUUUCAAGAAGGUAACCGAGAAAUCGUGAAUCGUAAUCCAACGAUCGCGAUCUAAAUGGAGGAAACGCAAAGGCAGACUGUCGAAUUUUCCGCUCGCUAACUCAUAGCUUCGCGUACUGAGAGAAACACCUUUGCAGUCAUUAGGCAUUUAAGGCUAAUCUAGACGAUCUCUGUCUAGUUAUAAUUACGAGCUGCGUACAACGUAUCAAAUAAUUUGUUAUUUUUUAUUUAAAAUAUCUGCAAGAUAUAUGAUGUAUCUAAUUAUUCAAUUGAUUAAUUAUUUUCAUCGUAUGUAAAAAACUGUUUCGCAGUUUAAAAACUAUGGAAAUACGCAUUCACACGCGAUAAAAUGUAUUUGUACAUUGUUCUAUUUUAAUUUAAUUAUUUAUACGAACGUAUUGUACGUUUCCUUUGCACUCCCUGCACGGCGAGUUCUUUAAGACAAGUUGAGCUUGUGUUUGGAUAAACGAACUAUUUCGUAGGAGUUUUAAAUAACGUAUUCAGUAAAUGUGUACAAAUCUUUUGUUAUACGUUUGUAGUAUUAUUUUCGUGAGUUUGUUGUAUAGAUAUUGGGUGAAAAGUAUUUAAACGAAUCAGAGGCAGCUCUUCUUGCCUUCAGCUUUUAGAUUGUAGUCUAGUGUAUCUCUCUUUUACUGUUCCUGUGUUAUUUAUGCGAUCGUAUCAUGGAUGUAGAAGGAAAAUUCUGUAAGUUCUAAAAUUGAGGUUUUCGGGAAAAUGCUUUCCUAUCUUCCACAAGAAAUAUAAAAAUUUCUGUUCUAUUAUUUUUCAUUCUGGAAGAAUGAGAAGAUUACAUUGAAUUACAGAUUCUUGUAUAAUUUGAAACUAUGACAUUCUCUUUCAAACAUACGAUUAUCCAUCGUUAUAUUACAUUUUAUACAAUUUUUCAAUUUCGUACAAUCUUGUAUAUCCUACAAUUUCAAAAUGAAUAACUUCAAUUAAAAAUAAACUUGACAGAUUUUUCUUAGAUAGCCACGAUGUUAUACAAUAUGUAAUAUUUUAUUAUCGCAGAAUAUUUUUCUAUACUUAUCUAACGCACGAUGUUUAUCCGUUUAUUUAUAAAGAAGUAUCUUUAACGCUCUGUUUCGCGUCACAGUAAACAGUAAACGUUUCUCGUAGGUGUUAGCACCUUCGAUAAAUGUAUCUCGCUCGCCGUCGUUCUCUCAGUACGAGAAUCAGAAAAAGAGAAACAAACGUGUAUCAUAUGCAACAGAGUAGCGUCGUAUGUACGAGGACGAACCAGAGUCUACGCGAAGAUCGCGUAAUAAAGAAAGUAUAAUUCAUUGAUCGAGCCACCAAAAUCGGGGACAUAUUACACGCCAGACUCCUUUCUUUCGAAAUCGUUUGAUAAAAAUCAUCAUGGAUGUAUAUUCCGAGGAAUUCAAACGAUAUUACAACAUUCGUUCUAGCGUAAGUUUUUAGUAACAUUUGGAUAAUUUAAUUUUGACGAAAAUUAAUGUACGUGUUGCGACGAAAGUGUUAGAAAAGUGUUGGAGUUAUAAACAUUUAAAGAUAUUUAAAUGGUACUAGAACAUUGUCUCGAUUCUACAUUUUCAUUAACAUUUGGAUAAUUUAAUUUUGAUGAAAAUUAUCGUACGUGUUAAUGAAGGUGUUAAAAUGUUAAAAAAUGACAAAAUCGAUGGUGGAUGUAAUGAAAAGAUUCUAACUUAAUAUUUUGACGGAUUAAUUCGAUUAUAGUAUAUUAUAUUAAUUUAUGUAAUACGAUUCAUAAAACAUCUAGUGACCAGACAUAAACCAAGCCCAAUUUACCCCCGAAUCUAAUCUAGAUGUAAUUCAGUCCUAACUUAUACCUACCAUUCAACAUAAUCCAGUCCAUCAUUCGACUUAAUCGAAAUGUAAUUUAGAUAACGAAUCGAUUUGAUCAUCCCCUUGAUCUAGUUCAAAUUGAACCUCUAGAACUAUUAGGUGCCUGUGUAAAUAUCUAUUUAAUCUUAUUUACACAAUGGCCAUAUAUGUAUACAUUUUAAAUUGUGUAAUACAAUGUUAUUUUUAUCAGGAAUACUACCGUAAAUUUUAUUCCAUUUGUAAAAAUUGUUACUAUCUUUUAAUAUUAAAACGCUCGUAUGAAUCACUUAUUUGACACACCAGAAAAAUAAUAGACAAGUGUUUACUUAAAUAAUUUGUUAACGAAAGGACUAGAUUACAUCCACUUAAAAUAGAAACUAUUUAAAGUUCUAAAGUAAUUCAAUACUUUCAUCGCAACACGUGUAUUCGCUAUCAGAAUCGACCGUUCCAUUCGUAAAGUAUCACAAUUCGUUACAAAAGUCACAAUUGACUUUUACAAUGCUUUUAUCACUAAAAUCACGUUCAAUUUUUACAAAAUUUUCUUUGUAAACACUUCACCACACCUGUAAAUAUUCACAACGAUAUCUCAUCUCUUUCUCCAUCGAUUUUAUAAAACUAACACAAAAGUCAACUGUACACAAAAAAAAAAACUCCAUCUCAAAAAAUAUCGCUCAAAUAAAUCAAGGAAUGAGUCUGGCCAUCCCGAGAACGUUCUCACGUUAGAAUUGUAACGAACAGUCGACAAUUAUCCAUGCACGUUUAUCAUAAACCAUAACACGAUUAAUCUGUCGAACUUAUCGUAAGGAGUAAAUAGUUAACAAGUGUUAUCCGUGUAAGCGCAUCGCGUUGUCAAUAUUCCAAGAGAGGAAUCUCUGUAAUACUACACACCCAUCCGAACGAUCAUUAACUUGCCAAGGUCCGUGAUCCACGUCGGAGACGUUCACGUUCUCCCCGAACAAAAUAUUAUAACUAAAAAUUAUAUGCAAUUCCCUUAUACGAAAGUAUAUGCGAUACCUUCUUAUACAAGGUGAUUUUUUCGUUAGUUGAAAAAAAUUCCAAGGCAGUGGCGCCAAUCACAUUGUUGAUCGUACACUGUCGCCUUUCCAUAUUAUCUGCAUACUACAUAUAUAAGUCGUUUGUACCCUAAUCUAGGAUCUAUGGAUCCUAGAAGGUCGAUAUUGGGUUCCAAUCACGUACACUCAGUGUUAGGACACAGUUUCUUCUCUUUUUCUCAAAUUUUUUUAAUCAACACCACUUACUCUUCUGGGACUGCUUUCACAUUACUUCAGGAUAAUGGCUCUCAACUUCUUAUCUUUAAUGAGCCAAAGGCUUAAGUCGUUACAUGCAUAUAAAAUACAUACAAAAUCCGAUAUCGCUGACAUAUAUAAACGCAUAUAUUAUAUAAAAAAAAGACAUUUUAUUUAUAAUAUCAAUUAUAAAAUUGUAAUCAUCUUCGAACUGCUUAACGCUUUCAAUGCUGCAGAUCUCAUCGGUGACACGCAGUGACACUAAUUGAAAUAUUUAAAUUAAAGGAACAAUUCAAAUUAGGUAUGUUAAGUAUUAACAGUAUCCUAUUACGGAUGGCAAUCUAUGCACGUUAUGACUUGACUAACUAAAAAAUCACCCUGCAUCUUAUACGUAUAAUAAGAAGGUACCUUUUGCUUGUAUCAAGGGAGAUAUGUAUGAUGAUCUCGUUUCGGCAGCCAGACGAUUCUUUUUCGCAGCCGUCUCGACUGAUUUCGCGUGGACGUAACUUUGAUUUCACGACGAAGCGAAUGGUCGUCGCGAUAUUUUCUAGCGAUCGCUUUUUUCUACGAUUUUUCUAGCACGAAAGUGACGAAGGGAAAGCGUGUUCGAAACGACGACGAGGCGAAUUUUCGACGACCAGAGCCAGGGAAAUCGAUCGAGCGUCGUGUGAAAUCGAUCUUCAAACGAGAGAUUAAAGGGAUAAUUAUUAAAAGGGUGGAGAGUAUGAAACACGCUGGCACGCGUCUUUCUGCCCCGUUUUAAUGAAUCCGCAAGGACAUUGAUCUACGUAACGAUUAACCCUAAUAGUUGCGAUUCUGUACAUAAAAAGGAAAGUCGUGUAUAUAUAUAUAAUUAUAUGACACAUAAACAUAUGCGUAUAUCUAUGCGUUAUCUAGGGUGUAAGGUUGGAUAGGUCGUAACCGAAUUUAAUGGAGGAGCCACGGCGUGAAAAAAAAAAACGAAGGUAUCACGUGAAAUGUGGUUCCUUCGUGUUUUCUUCGAUGCCGUCGUGCGUCGACAUAGAGAAUCGAGGCCUGUCGACCACGUUAAUCGCCGAUCGAUCGAUCCGAGAUCGCCUAACGAUACCUUCUAGUACACAAGAACUACAUUCACCCUUGAAUGAUUGAUUGAUUGAUUGAUUGAUUCGGAGAGAAUACGAACACACUUGCUUACUGUCUAGUCACUAGAUCGUUAGUCGGAAGUCCGUGGUCGUGUUCGCGUCGCGAUUCGAAAACACGAGCACUUGUGUUACAAUGUUUUAAUUAACAAUUCUUUUAUGUUAUAUUUGUGAUUCUUCGAGUUAAGAAUUUAAAAUUUAUGUAAAAUUCUAUUUUUAUUUUACUUCAUUUUGGAUUCCUUUUAUAGCCUCUUUGAGAAAAAUUUGUACGGAUCGGCAGAGGAAAGACUUUUAUUUAAUAUUCUGUUACAUAUUAAUUGUAAUAUCGCAAUUUAAAUUAAAAGUAUACGAUCAUGUUAAAGCUUAAUUAAAACUGUGUAUUGUCAGGACUUUUUGUUGUAUCUUUUACAUCGCAGAAUUUUUUAUUAUUUUAUUUUUCUUAAUUUAUUUUUCAAGUACAUCAUGCAGGAUGUGUGUAAACUGUAGAUGAAGUUGGGAAAUGGUUGACUGUAAACCAAGAAUAACGAUUAAUUUAACAAUCUUUUUAUAAGUGAGCUAUUUUAUGGAUUCAUUGAAUUAUUUUAUAAAAAUUCUAUCGUUACAAUCGGAGAAAAUUCAUGGGAUAUUCAAAAUUGAAUUUUUUAAGUAUUAUUCAAAUACAAUGAUAUUAAACAUCUUACUACAUUUAUUUAUUUGUUUUCACUUGUUAUUAACUUUUAAGGAAACAAAUCUACAUCCAAAAUGUUGUUUUAAUUUCCUUACAUUAAAAAAAUCUUUGCAUUAAAUAAUCUUUAAAUUAAAAUAAGUGCCAUGUGUUCUUAUCGAGUCAGGACACGUAUCGCGUUAUGCCUAAAUUAAGAGUAUUCGAGUUAGAAUUAACGUUAAGUUUCGUGUUAAGCGUAUUUUUGGUCGACAUUCCCUUAAUUAUAAGGCGUUUAUAAUUGCACGAUAAAGAGUUUUAUGUAGGUCAGCGUGUUAUUUCAUUCGCCGAUUUCGCUUGCGUGUAAUUUUCCUUAUUAUAUUUCCCCGUCGAUUCCAUCCAGAAUAAUCUCGUGACGAUCGUCGUUCCUUUCCCAGUGAAGGGUCGAACAUUUAAAAACUGAAUCCUACUAUAAAAGAAAAAGAAACAGGAAAAGUAAAAAAAAAAUUAAAAAAGAUAGGAACAAAAUCGAUCGUUGCAGAUUUUCAUCGAUCGAAUUUAACGAUGUUUUUUUAGAUUCGAUAUUGAAAUGAGAAAAUCCAUGUAACUAGUUGAACAAUCGACAGCUCGAUUCACCCUUUUUUUUACCAUUUACAAUUCUAUAGUCGAAAGUCUUUAAAAUAAGAAACAUACUUGUCAAUAUAUUUAGGAUAUUCAAUUUAUACAGCUGUUAGUUCGAAAGUAAUCGAAUUCGUAAUGUAUGGAGAAAAUAUGGAAUGACGCGUGAUAAUUUGUCUUCGUUAUCUUUUCAUUCAUCAGUUGCCAUUUUUUUCUAUUGAAAUCUAUCUUACAUUGAAUAUCUUUAAAUUUUGUAUUCCCAAUAGAGAAUGUACAAUUUUACAUUAUUUUCCAAUUUCAUUAUACGUAGUUUAUUCUAUAAUUCAGUAUAAAAAAUCAUUGUGAUAAAGUUCAGUACACAUACCUAAGUGGAAAAAAUAUUCAUCGUCAUUCUAAAAUUUAUAAUAAUCGUACAGUCCUUGUUUUUAUUCUAGUAUUUCAUCAUCCAAUUUCCUGUGAUUUCUCGAUAAUUAUUAUUUCUAUCUAAUUUUACAAAGACAAAUAUAGUAUACAAUGACAAGAAGCGAGAAUAAAUCCAUACAACUGAAUAACUGCCAAAGUUGCAACAAAGUCAAUAAAACAAGAAUUGUUUAUAGAUGAUCCAGCUGUCGAUCGAUCAGCCUGAGUAGAUUACGUACAACGAUUUCGUACUAAUGUUACAUAACUUUUUGCAAAUCUCGUAACAUAGAUUACCGAAACCUUUAUACCAUUUUUCUUUCUUUCGUAUUCGUCUCAUCGUUUGUACAUCGAUUUUUAUUAUCCAAAAUACGUGGAAAAUCUUGGUUUCGGCGCUUUCCGUUUUCAUCAAACCGAAUAUGUUGGGACUAUUGUACAUAAAUAGGCUCAAACAUGUAACAGCGACAAGACAACAAUUACAAUUAUUGUAGAAACGAUGAUGUCUUACGAAAUAAACUACAGAUUAAUGGACGUUUC